GAUUUAGCGCAUGCGCGCACCGCUUCUUUUUGAUAACAGUAGAUAAGAGAAGCAAAGAAGGAGCGUUCAUUUUUCUGUAGGGAAAUUAGGGCUCUAUUAUAUUAUAUUGUUUUAUUUUUGAGAAAGUUUAGGAGGAAUGAUGGCGUUAAUGACUACCAUCGCAGUCGGUCCUAAGCUCCCGCUUCAGAUAACUCAGUCCCUGUUUCAUCAAGUAAGUAGAACUUUUGAGAGUGUUGCGGUGUGUAAUGCGUGGGAAAGUCAAAGACUUUUGUUUCCAUAUGGUAGAGACUCCAGGAAUUGGCCAUGGUCUGUACAUGCAGUUGGUCCAGGUUUAGAAGCAUCGAUAUCCAAUACUUCAAAGAAUGACUUGAGAUUGGAUGAUAUUAAAAUAGUUGUCCAGUCACGGGACAAUGAUAAGAUUAAUCUAAGAGUGGAUCUAACAGGAGAGGAAACGCAGAAAGCGUUUGAUGCUGUAUUGACAAACUUGGCUGGUACUGCACCUCCAGUCCCAGGAUUUCGGAGAAAGAAAGGAGGAAAGACAUCCAAUGUGCCAAAGAGCUUCCUGUUACAGAUGCUUGGGCGAGACCGAGUAACUAAAUUCUGCAUACAAGAAGUUGUUAGUAUAACCAUCGGAGAUUAUGUGAAGAAGGCAUGUCAUUUUUUAGGAGAACCUGAAGGUGAAAAGUCAGUUCAAAACAAUCCAAACCUCCGAAGAGCUUGAAGCAGCUUUUGCUCCUGGUAACGACUUCAAUUUUGAUGCUGUUGUGGAUAUUGAUAUUUCUGAUGUUGAAAUGGCCACCUCAGUCUCUUCCUAGUUAAGUUGUGCGUAAAGGAUUUAGUGUAGCAUUGUGUGUUGGAAUGAAAAUUGUUUGUUUGAUGUUUAUUACUAUCUUCUAUGUUUUAAAGUACAAUUUUCAUAGAAGUCCCGAUGGACUUUUUCAUACAGAAACUUAUAUUUAUUCCUAACCCUUCGAACGUCA